AUGUCGAGCAGAAAAGCAUCUCAUGCAGGCAGUUGGUAUACCGAUUCAGCUUCUGAACUAUCACGUCAACUUGAUAAUUGGUUGAGUGCAGCAACACUCUCACAUGGACCAGCUAGGGCUAUAAUAGCGCCUCACGCUGGAUACACAUACUGCGGUGCAUGUGGUGCUUUUGCAUAUCGACAAGUUAGCCCUGCUGUUGUUAAACGUGUUUUUAUUUUGGGACCAUCCCAUCAUGUGCGUCUUCGAGGUUGUGCCUUAUCAAUUGCUAAAAAGUAUAAAACUCCACUUUAUGAUCUCAAAAUUGAUACAGACAUUAAUGCUGAACUGGAAAAGACUGGACACUUUUCUUGGAUGGACAUGAAGACGGAUGAGAAUGAACACAGCAUCGAAAUGCAUCUACCUUAUAUAGCCAAAGUUAUGGAAGACUUCAGGGAUCAAUUUACAAUUGUUCCAAUUUUGGUGGGUUCGUUGAAUCCCGACCAGGAGGCAUUGUAUGGACGCUUACUAGCAAAUUAUUUCACAGAUCCUCAGAAUUUAUUUGUGAUAUCUUCAGACUUUUGUCAUUGGGGACAUCGUUUCAACUACACCUACUAUGACAAAUCGUGUGGUCCAAUUUACAAAUCCAUUGAAAAAUUGGAUAAACAGGGCAUGGACAUAAUUGAGACAUUGAAACCUGAAACAUUUACUGCCUAUUUACGUGAAUACAACAAUACCAUUUGUGGACGUCAUCCCAUUGGCGUAAUGCUGAGUUCCGUUAAAGUUCUUCAAGAACAAGGUUAUAAUAUGAGUUUUAAAUUCUUGAAAUAUGAUCAAAGUAGCCAAUGUAAAGUUAUGGAUGACUCAAGUGUUAGCUACGCUUCUGGUUCUUUAGUUUUUGAAUGCUGAAGAUA